UAAUCACAACUUCCUAUAGCGAAAAAAUAGGUACACGUAGGAUAGAGCACUGUGGACUAUAGUGACUAAUCAUUACUACUAUCAAAGGACAAUCAAAAGACUAUCCUGUUUUCACUUUCGUUAUUGAAACAAUUCCCACACACAGUCUGUAGGCGUUAUAUCAAACCUCGACACUACAGUUCUGAUGACGAUGUACAUGUACGUAUAUACGUAGCAUGUACAUUUGUAUUUGAAUUGUAACCGUACUUCUGAAGGCCAGGUAGGCUGUAUUGAGUUCAGAUACAUUGUUGGGGCAGUAUUGACGACAAAUUUACUGAAGAUGUCACUGUUGAGAAAUGUUAUCAGGUGCUUACUGGUACAACAGAGAGAAGCCCAUGUGGUCAAUAACAAAUUUAUCCCAAAAGCAGAGCCAGCGUGUGAUCUAGACAUUUAUAACCUGAAAAACUUUUUAUUAACGAAUAACAGGAUACUGGUGUUGACAGGAGCGGGAGUUUCCACAGAAAGUGGAAUCCCUGACUACAGGUCUGAGGGGGUUGGACUCUAUGCUAGGAGCGACAACAGACCAGUACAAUACAACGACUUUGUGAAAAGUGAAUCAAUCCGUCAAAGGUACUGGGCUAGAAAUUAUGCUGGAUGGUCUGUUUUUUCAUCCUUUCUUCCGAAUCUUUGUCAUAAAACUUUACGCCGUUGGGAAAUCACAGGAAAAGUUCACUGGCUGGUGACUCAGAACGUUGAUGCCUUGCACAUAAAGGCAGGAAGUAUUAAACUCACUGAGCUACAUGGAAGUGCCCACAGAGUUAUGUGUAUGAGUUGUGAUGACAAGAUGUCACGAGAACAGUUACAGAAUCUGAUUGGGCAACACAAUCCAAUGUGGCAGGCUAAGUCUGUGGACAUGGCACCCGAUGGAGAUGUCCAGCUAACCACAGAACAGGUGCAAGGAUUCAAGAUUCCACAAUGCCCUAACUGUGGCGGAGCUCUCAAACCAGAGAUUAUUUUCUUCGGUGAUAAUGUACCUAAACCUACAGUCAACUUUGUGUUUAAAAAAGUGAAGGAAGCGGAUGCUGUUCUCAUUCUGGGAUCGUCAUUAGAGGUGUAUUCUGGAUUCCGCUUUGUAAAUGCUGCUCACACACAAAAGAAACCUAUAGCGAUCGUCAAUAUAGGACCAACCCGCGCAGACAAUUUAGCUUCCCUCAAAGUCAGUGCUAAGUGUAGCGAUGUGCUUCAACGAUUGGAACUAUAACGAUAGCAACAAUUACCACUUUAUACAUAUUAGCUAUUUUUGUAUUCGAAUAAAUCAAUAAUUUAAUUUUGAAAUUUCUUUUAGAGUGAAUGCUUCAGUAGUUAAUUCGUGCACCACAUGUAGCCUUUCUUUUUCCAGUGAGCGAUGUUUUAGUUGAAUCUUGUAACUGGAAUUUAUUUUUGGACAUUUUACAUGAAAUAGUUAGUUUUUUGCCCAGCAACGGUGAAUUGCCUACUUUUUUAAGAAUGAAUUAUUUGUUAUUAGCAAAAGGUUUUUAAUUUGUAACGUUUUAAAGGCUUUGUAGACACGUUUUCCCUUUUGCUACAUUUCUAUGUACGUUGGAGCAUAUUUCACACACGGAUAUUCAAUCAUUUGACCUUUAUUAUCGACACAGGCAGCUAGUGACACUGUUCGAUAAAAGUGUGUCGUUUGCAUAUUUUUCAAUAAAGGAGUAAACAAAGGAAACAUUUUGGUCAAUUUCACAAAAAAGCAUUGUUUGCUAAAAGUUACAUCUGAAUAAUUUUGCAAGUACUCAUGUCCAUGAAAGUGAUUUAUUUUUACAAGUUUGGAUGCUGAGUAACCAACUGAUACUUAGUUUGAUAAAUAAAUAAUAAACAAAUAUUUUUUAUUGCUACUGUCAAUGCCAUGAUUUACUAAAAAUGUAAAAGGAAGUCUAUCAAAAUCCCCACUCUCUUAUAUCAAUCAUGCAUAAUUCGACAAUAUCUUACAGCUUACAGUGUAACUAUGUCUAGGUUAGUGUUAUACGACGAAAUGCAAACGCCGAGCUCGUUUGGAAGGUAUUCUUCUUCUUAUUCUCGUUUUUAUUUCAAAUGCAAAUUUUAUUAUCAUGACGUUUUCUAUGUGAAAAAAUUUUGCAGCGUGGGAGUUUCAUUUUUAAUUAUUAUUUUGAAUAUUUUUUAUCCCCCAUACAAAUACAUGGCAAUAUUAUUUGAGUGUAUGAUGUUAUGAUGUUGGAAAUUUUCUAUUUCUAUACAGUUACUUACAGUAAAGGAACAUGAACGUA